AUGCGCGUACACGUACGUUGGAUAAGGGAGUAUAGCGCGAUUAGGUAAGUGCCAUUUUCAAGGCAAGAAAUAAAUAUCGACUCUGAUGUUUGAUUUCUGAAAUUUAUUUCUCGCCGUAGCUAAGUUCGUAAAUUCUUUCCGAAAUAAAAUAUUGAGGGCAAAGAUUCGAAGAUCACAACGUGAAGCUUUUAUCAUCGUUGAAUUAUGCAAAAGGUUUUUAAUAUUUCUUAGUGCAUUAAUUAUGACCUACACAAAGUAUCCUAUAUUAUACUUUAUCGUACACACACACAUACUUUGGCAUGUAUAUUCUACAGAUAAGAAUAAGUCAUGUAGCAAAACCUUCGUAACUGCUUUGUUAAAAGAAAAAGUAGAUAUAAAUAAUAUAGUAAUUCCGUGUAGCGAAAAGUCCAUAAAUGCUUCAUUAAAAAUAAAAAUAUAUACAUGUGAAAUGCGAAGUUGUACUAUGUUAUACUUAUAUUUAUGUGUGUAUCUUGUAGGAAACAUAGUAAAAUUACGAUGAAAUUUGGUCUACACAUAAAUUCAAAGGUACAAUACAAUCUCAAUUUUAAAAUCUAUACAUAACUUUACAAUGGAACAUUUAAAAACAUUUCAGUCUUAUUUCAACCUUAUCCUACAGAACACAUCGACAAAGCGUGUCAACAAUUGUGGGACAUCCUGUAUUUUACAAAGGUUGAACAUUUUCAACGACCAAUGUGAAUAAUAAGGAUAUAAAACGAAGAAUUGAAAUAAAAGUUAACAUCCAGUUUUGUACAUAGGUACGGUAAAUAUACGUGCAUAUUUAAUUGGUUUACGUGAUAUCACAUCGCGGAUGAGCACAAUUUAAAUUUGCGUGAUACAUUUUACAACACGUUGUCGAUUCAUCUAUUUGCGUUUCUAAUCGGAAUUUAUUCGUUUGUUUAUUUUUUUUUCGUUAUUUUAUUCGUUAAUUUAUUUAUUUGUUUCGUUAUUUUAUUCGUUAAUUUAUUUAUUUGAUAAUUUUUUUUAGAAACGUGUAAUACACGAAUUAUCGAUACAUCGAAUAUUAUCCAUCAGUUGAACAAUAAACAAUAAGAAUAUCUAACGAUAGAAUUGUAACAAACUUUUCUUGAAAUCUAAUCUGUUAACAAACUUACAUUACAGAAUUAAUAGUUUGAUAUUAUUAAUAUUCGUCGUUUCGAUGAUUCAUUGGAAUAUAAAUUUCCUUUAGAGGUGUAGAGAUAAUUGAAUACUGUAUCAGUCAUGCUUACAGUGGAAUUACGAACGCCUUCAAGAACAGAAAUGAUGAGAUACCAACUAGACACAGUAUGAACACUGAAUACCUUAUUAAAAGUAUAAAAGUUCAAUUCACGGGAACAUUGAGUGGAAUCAUCGUAUGACGCGCAAGAAAAAAAAUGUGAAUGACGAAUCCACGAUUCCGUAUAUGAGGGAAAAAAGGAAAUGUCCAAUAAGCUAAUUGCUUUUGUUGCACCUUCAAUUAAAUAGGUUCACGUGAUUUCCGACUUUUUCGAUUUCUUUUUUAUUUUUUUUUUUUUUUUUUUUUUUUUUUUACUGUGUACCUAAUUCGUCGACUAAUUAGGUACUUAGCUGAAAAUUAAAUUUUCUAAGAUCAGGUAAUUAAAAUAACACCCAGUUAAAUUAGAAAAUUUCUAAUCAUUUCUAUCACUGCAUAGGUUUGUGAUCCUUUUAUCUGAAAGAACUGAGUUCAUUCAAGAAUUCGUAUAAUCCUUUAUCGAACCAAUGGUCUUGUAAAUAAUCUAUUAUUCAAUCAUUUGAAUGCUAUACAUUUUCCAUGUCCAAGUUAUAUGUUAUAAUACUUCCGGUUUAAAACAUUCAAACUUUGUUGAGCAUUUUAAAAAUAAUUGUAUUUAUAUUGAAGAAAUCAAAGAACAACCUUCUAAUAUUAUUAAUAGAUUUUAA